AUGAUUCUGAACCGCGGGGUCGUCUCUGAGCGAGAAGCAGGUUCCGGUCGCCUUUCCGGAAUCCCGCCGCGGCGCGGUGGCGAUCCCGCCGCGUCGUCCGGUUUCGCCAGGGCCCGCUCUUCGGCUCGGGACGCGUCGACCCCCGGCCGGAAAGAGGAAAGGAGAGAGACGCCCACCGCCACGCCGCGCGUGCUCGGCAUGAAGCUCGUUUCGUGUGAGUACGCCGACCGCUCGAGGGACGAGACGAAGCGGGAGAACGAAGAGACCGGAGACAGAGACAUCACGGAGGGUGGAAGGGCAUUCGCGGUCCUCGGCGCAGAUGCGGAGGCCCGCUGUCGCUCCGCCGUCCAUUGCUUGCCAGGGCCGACCGGUGAACGCUCAGCCUGCGCGGCCGGGCAAUCUGCCGAAGGCGUUCGAGACCACGCGGAACCGGCGCGGAGAGGAGCCCGCGAACGGAGGGACGGGGUGAAGGCGAGCUCUUCAGUCGAGAGUCUCUUUUCCUGUUCUUCCUCGGAGUCCCUGCAACGCGUUUCCCUUCUACGCCCUUCGUGGCUGCCCGCUGCCGCGCCCCCAGCGGCGAGCGGCGCUCCUGAACCGCCUGCAUUUUUAAGGGAGGAAGCGGCGGCGCUGCUUCAGAGAGCCAAGCUGCGAGCUCUCGAGGGCCCCGCAAGCGCGUCUCCAGUCAGCCGCACUUUCCACGGUCCACAGGCAUCGUCCCUUCAGACACCGGGCGCUGCGACGGCUGCCGGCGGCGAGCCGCACACUGAUCGCGCGCGGCCUGCAACAUCUAGUAGGGCGGCGCAGGCUUUCUUCCCUUCCGCUCCCAGUUCUCGCUCGUACUGGGAGGCUGCUUCCGGCGCGCCAGGCUCGGCGCCUCGCACACCAGGACCCGAGCAGGAGAGACACAGGGACGCGUCUCUGUCGGCCGGCGUCACGGCGCCUCGCAUUGCGGAGCAGCCUCUUCCGCGUCCCGCUCUUUCUCCCCUAGACGCCGCCUCCGCUUCUGGUCGCCCUCCGCCAGCACCCGUCCCCGCGGCGAAAGCCAAGACCAUGCCUGAGGGCACUGAAUGGCCGCUGUCGCCCGUGGCAGGCUCUGGCGUGUCUCCCGCCGCUCUGCCGACCGCGUAUCUGUGCCGUUAUGAACCCGAGUUCGGGAAGGCCCCCGCCCGGCCCUGCAGGCCGGGCGGGUCUCGCCCGUCUUCCGCGGCUCGCCUCUCUGCGUUGCCUCCCGCGUGUCGCCCGCCCCCCGCGAUUGACGUCCUCCCGACACCGUUCGCGCCACGCGGACACGGUGAGACAGCUAGCUGCGAGGCGUCGGCCGUCUCAGCCGGCGCGGUCCGGGUCCCCGCAAAAAACGGAGACAGCCGGUCUUCUCGCAGGAACAGAGAGUCGGGACCUGGCCUCCAGAGCGCAGUGAGUGUGGUGCCCGUGCUUCCCGACGGGAACUGCGUCGGACGGAUGUCAGGCACGAGACGGGGGGACGCGGCUGCGCAUGCAGGGAAAGGAAUUCCGGAGGUGGCUGGUCCCGCCGCGCUGGAACCCCCGUCGGCCGAGGCGCAGUCCCCCGAGAGACAUGGAGACGUGCUGUCGCCCAAAAGUGAGGCCGGGAGGACGCGGCGUCGCCGGAGAACCUCGUGGCGCAACGGCCCGCCGCGGCGCAGCUCGAGGUCGCGCGAGGCAGGAGGCCUGCCGGAGGGCGUGCCCGAGAAAGGCGCGGGCGCCGAGUGCGCAGAAGCUACCGGAGGCGCCGUCCCCCCGUCUUCACGCCGACCGCCGCGGUGGAUUCGAUUCUUCGCACGGCGCCUCAUCUGCUUGGGGCCCCGUGAAGGCAAAGAUCCGCUGUCAUUCUCGAAAAGACAUCCGCCGGACGCGCACUCGAGGGACCGAGCUCCGAAUUCGAAAGACUCCACGCGGCUGGCGGCUGGCGGCUGUCCGGUCCCGGCUGAGGACUCGCAGUCGCCUGCGUCUGGGCUUGACAGCGCGCUGCUGGCCAGGCCAGGGGCCGCGCCCUGUGCACCGCCGGGUCUUGGAGAGCCGACGAAUGCAUCUUUACAGAGAGACUCGGAAAAGGCACGAACCCAGAUGGACGCGGCUGCGGACGGCGCGGUGCUGCCGGCGCAGCGUCACCACCUGGGUCAGUUCGCGCGCCGGGAGGGAGAACCGCGUGAAGGAGAGGGGACACAUGGCGAGGGGGAAGAGGAGGGAAGUGAGGCGACACGCGCCGCGGGGGUUGGCCCGAGUGGAGACGCCAGCGAGAGGUCAGACGGGGCCUGCGGCUGCGGCGUGGUGCGGGAAAAUGGGGACCACGCAAACGGUGUGUCCACCAGAGGAAACGUCGACUCCGACACAUACACGCUGUCUUCAGAGCAUUGCGAGGGGGGGUUCGGCGCCGCUGCUUCCCAGGGUGCGCCCCUGGGCUGGUCACACGAGAGACAGUUGUCAGGGGAGUCUUUCUCGUCCGCGGCAUCUCGGCGGCAGUCGGAGACCGAAGGCGACAGUCAGGGGGAGGGCACCUGCCAGGGGACGUCGCGCACAGACGUCGAGCGGCUUCUGUCGCACGCAGAAGAGCACGGGAAACGCCAAGCACGUGGGGAGGGUGGGCUGCAGUCGGACAAUUGGGGAUUGCUUUUGGCGGGCGAGAAAGAGAGGAGAGCGAGCGCCGGAUCGAUCAGCCCAGAGAGAGAAACGAACGUCGAAGGUCGACAGACCCUUUCGCCGGAAACGUGUUCUACAGAGGCGUCGCCCGUGACGGCCCAGGAGGGGCGGCAGGCGGCUCUGUCCGACACCGCGGCGAAGGAGGAGAGAGCCUUCGUGGACGCUCUCGGCCGAGCGGCCGGCCCCCACCCGUCAGAGGCAGCGCUGGCUUUGGGGGACACGGCCCCUGGUGCAAACCGGUCGCAAGCAUGCAGAGAAUUCGAGGUAUCGGCAGCUCAGGUGGGCGCCGAAAGACCCUUGAGCAGGAGCGAAAGUUUUGGCUCUGGAGAGAGACGUGUAGAGGAGACAGGAGGGAGGCCGCCGGCAGACAGGAAGGAGAGCCGAGAACGACUGGCUAGACCGUCUCCUGCUGACUCGUUUCCAGGGCUGAGCAGACUGGCGUCAUCAGCCGACGCCGCGGAGUUCGUGUUGGGCGUGCUGGAAGAACGGCGGGCAGCCUUCAACCUGCGGCAGAACCAGGCGUCUGUUCUGUCUGGGCACUCCCAGCGACAGGCCAACUCUCCGGAAAAGACACGGCCUUUCUUCGGAGCAAACAGCGCGACCGUUGGGGUGCAAUGCUCGAAGCAGGGAAUGCAUAAGCAGGGAACGCGCGACGACGCGCAGGAGAAAGCCGGGAGAGAGGGGCCGCGAGAAGGCGCCGCAGAAGACUGGGACCGGCAGAGAGAACUGCUCGAUCUCGCCGAGCUUCUCCUCGACGUGGCUGUAAUUUGCUUGGACGAGGAUGCUACGACCCGCAGUGGAGGCCCGAGAGGAGAGACGAAAGCGCCUACCAUGCCUUGCGUCUACGACAAAAACGGGCUGAAAGUGUGGAAAAAAGAAUUUGGCGUCGGCCGCGUCCUGGUGAAAGCGUCCUUCAUGCUGCCCGUUCUCCCCGAGCAGUACGCUUCCUUUGCAUCUGACAGUCGCUUGCGAGCGACUUGGGACGCGAAUCUCGGCGGCCACGCGAUCCUCGAGACGCUGACCACCAACACAGACAUUUGCCAAGUUUCUCUCAAGCGCGUGGCGACGCUCUAUCCGCGCGACCUGGUCACCUUGCGCGCCAGAAGAUCCUGGGCGAUUCCCACCCCCAAGCACGAGCCGGCGGACCAUGCGAAAGCAGACGAGCGACGAGAAGCGAAGCAGGUUUACGCCUCCUGCAGCUGUUCCAUCGAUCACCCGGCGGCACCGGAACAUACCAGCCACGUCCGCAUGGACAUCCGCUUGAGCGCGUACGUGGCCUCGCCGGUGGUGACUCCGUUUGGAGUCUGGACCGAGGUGACGCUGUUCAGUGAGGCCGACCCCAAGGGAUGGAUUCCAGGGGUUGUCAGCAGAUCGCUGGCCGCGAAGGUGCUGCCGUCCACAGUGGAGAAAAUGGCGGUGAACAUGCUGAAUCAUUAUGGAAUUGCGUGGGACGGUCCAUCUGCCACGGGCUACGCCUCUCGACGCCUGGCAACAUACUGCGAACAGGCCGCGCACGGAGGACCAAGGUUGAAGUUUGGCCGGUAG